UAGUUAGUUUGGCUUUAAUGUUAUUAGAUAUAAGUUAUAUUUAGCAAAACUGGACCUAGGCGCUGCAAAAUCCUUUACAGGAGAAGACAAAACCACUGACAAUGGCCAAAAGACAGCCACCGCCACUGCCAAAAACUCAUGAAAGAGCUGUAGGGCCCCGUGGAGUGGAUACCAAGGCCAAUAAUGAGCUCUUCCUGACUGAGGUCGUCAAUACCACCAAUAAAUACCGGGCAAUGCAUGGCUGCCCGGCCUUAACUGUGAAUGCGGAACUAAAUAAAGUGGCACAGGAAUGGGCUAAUCAUCUUCGUGACAAGAACAUGAUGCAACAUCGACCCAAUCCCAAAUACGGUGAGAAUAUAUUCCUGUCUGGAGGAAUGGAUGUCGCUGGGGAUUUACCAGUGGAAAUGUGGUAUCGGGAAAUCAAUAGUUACGACUUCCAGAAAGCUCAAUUCGCGCCAACUGCAGGACAUUUCACUCAGCUAAUUUGGAAGGCUUCCAAGGAAAUUGGUGCGGGUGUGGCUAGAAAAGCGGACAGAACCUGGGUGGUUUGCAAUUACAAUCCAGCCGGCAAUGUUGUGGGUCAGUUCAAGGAUAAUGUUCCUCCCAAAACUUCGUAAAUAAAAACAUCAGCAGAGGUCCAGUA